AUGAGAUUCUCAUGGCUUCAGCUCGACAACGACCUCAUGCAGAUCGAACUGGCCGUCGAUACCGCAAACACCACUGACGGUUUCUACGUGGCUGUGGGAUUUUCCGAGGAUGAUCUCAUGGGUGACGAUAGUGUUAUUGAAUGUUCGAUGUUGGGUGACGACUCGCUAUCGCUGAAAUUAUCCUACAACAUCAAUUCCACUACUGAUCCCACAACGAACGGUGAACCAACGAAUCGGAGGCUGUCAGAAACGGGCUCGGAAUUUUUCCUGAACUCUAGCACAAGCAGCACAGAUGGUCAUGUGUACUGCAAAGCAGUACUGAAUGUGACAGGCGCCUCUAAAGCUGGUCUAUUUCAUUUUGACUUCACUCAAUCGUACUAUUUUCUUAUGGCUAAUGGACCUACAACUUCUAGCGUAAGGGGUAUUAUAAGGCUCCAACAUCACGUUCAUGAUGUCACGUCUGCGAAACCACUAAAACCGUCCGAUAUAGUUCCCGGAUUCGAUAUGGACCCAUGCGGGCUUCAGAAAGGCUGCUUCUUACCCCUGACCACUAACCAUACAAUAAAUGGGCUAGCAGUCUCAUACAGAGUGCUGAACUCGUCCUUCAUCGUCUUCGAACUUUUGGCUCCUUCCAACGGUGAUGUCGACGUCUACGUGGCCGUCUCAUUUUCUACCAACGCCAGAUACACAAGUAACCGAAUGGAAACUGCGUGUUUUCAGCGUAAUAUGUCGACAAUUGAAUGUUCUUCACUAGUCAAUGGGACGUUGUCGAUGAAGUUCUCGUACAGUUACGACUCCACAACAAACGUCCGCAUUCCAGGCGAAGAGGCAAUUCGCGAUCAGUACUUCACAAACGAAACAGCGGUCUUCCAAGAUGGGCAGGUGUACUGUUCAGCGGUGGUGAAUGUGCAAGGAUCGUCCGUGAGCGACAAGAUUUUCACCUACAAACCUGGCCAAGAAUAUUUUCUUCUUCUUAGCACCGGUACGACUACUCUUGACGAGCUCACAUCUCCGUCCGAUGCUGUUGGGUCAAUCUAUUCCACCAAGCUGGAGCAAUAUGAGGAGUAUUUCGAUUCAAGUUCGUGUGGAAUCGAUAAGGAAUGUGUUCUACCGACAGAGUGCUAUCGUGGAGCUAGUGGAAUGGAGUUUUCAUACAAGAUGAUGUCGGACUCACUGAUGAGAAUUGAGCUAUUUUCCAUCGCCACCGACAACAAUCAGUACGUCGCUGUUGGUUUUUCAGAUGAUGACCACAUGGGUAACGACCAUGUGAUUCGAAUGCUCAGCUCUGACAAAUCAGAAGUACAGCUUAAAAAUAUGCGGUCAGGUUACUUUCUCAACAACAUGGCCAUGUCUUCCGAUGCUCAGCUUUACUGUACCGCUAUGGUCAACGUGUCUGGUUGGAGUGGAAGCGAUAGGGUAUUUCGCCUCAAUCCUACCCAGAGCUACUACCUAUUAUUGGCAAGUGGUAACACGGAUGCCAAAGAAAAGGAUUAUUCUCACGUCAAGAAAUAA